CGUUCUCUCUCCUCUCCCCCCCCCCAUUAAUCCGAUCUGACUCUCUCUUACUCCAUUGGCGAACUUCGUUUUUUGAUUCCUCGAAAACCCUAAUUCCCUCUCUACUCUCGAAGAACCUCGCUCAUAUUCAAAAUCUGAUUCGUCCUCUCUCGAAGACUGUUGCCUACAGAGAAGGAGAGGUUAAGAGGCGGCAUUGUUCAUCUCUCUCUCUCUCUCUCUCUCUGAUGAGAAUAACUUUGCUUCAGUCUUGAGGUGGGAGAAGAUGAUGAAGAUGAUGAUGAUGAACAGACGAAGCAACGUCGUCAGAUUUGAAAGGAAGGAAGAAGACCAAGAAGAAGAAGAAGAAGAUAACAAUGACGAUUGUUUCUACGAAUCUCUCGAUCGUGUUUUAUCUUCUUGCUCUUGUUCUACUUCUAACUCUGAUUACGACUCUGAUCCCAAUAUCUCUGAUUCGAUCCACGAUCCGAGUCCAUUUCCUGUUCCUGUGUUCCCUACGGGAAGCUCUGGGUUCGAGCUGUGGAAAUCUGAGCCUGAAUCUGUGUCGGAGAGGCGAAUCAGGUUGUUGCGUGGAUUGGGGCUUAGUAACGAGCCGGAUCUACCUCCGGCGAGUCAGCUCCGGUCUAGAAGUCGGAGGAAAGGGAUUUGCAGUUCGCAUUUCGCUAGAUCGGUUCCCUCUGAUGUUUUGGUUUCUAAACAUCAAGGUAAAUGCGUGCUGAGAUCAGAUGUGGCUGCUACUGACAAUGUCGAUCUUGGUAAGGCUCGUCAGUUUACUGGAUCUCAGUGUUCUUGUUCUUCUCCUGUAAAUAUGGUUAAUGAUGAUCUUACUGGCAAGUCUCGUAUGCGAAAUGAUGGUAGCAAUGGUGUUGGUUUUAUAAGCAAAGAGCCUAUGGGAAGAUCUCUUAGGGACAUUGUAGAGAACGAGAGUUUGAGUAAUUUAUCUCAUGGGAAUGGUAGAGAUGUUCUUUUAGACGAGCAAAUGUGUACCAUUAGGAAUCUAGAUACUGGCAAAGAGUUUGUGGUGAAUGAGGUCCGAGAAGAUGGGAUGUUGGAGAAGUUGAAAGAGGUUGGUACAGAUCGGCAAUUGACUCUUGAGGAGUUUGAGAUGUGUGUUGGGACAUCCCCGAUUGUUCUUGAGCUGAUGAGGAGGCAGAAUGUUGAAGAUGUUUGUAAAGACUCUGUGGAUUUGGAUACUAAUGUUAGUGGAAGCAGAGUAACUAAGCAUAGACGGAGAGGGAGUUGGUUAAAGAGUAUAAAGAAUGUUGCUAGUAGUGUGACUGGGUAUAAAGAGCGACGAAGCACCGAUGAUAGGGAUUCGCCGUCCGAGAGAGGUGGUCAGAGGUUUAGCUCUGCUACUGAUGAUAGCCGAGAUACGUCCUUUCAUGACCCUGAGAGAGUUAAGGUUAGGCAGUAUGGAAAGUCAUGUAAAGAGCUCACAGCACUUUUCAAGAGCCAAGAGAUUCAAGCUCAUAAAGGGUCGAUAUGGAGCAUUAAGUUCAGUUUGGAUGGGAGGUAUCUUGCUAGUGCUGGUGAGGAUUGUGUUAUUCAGAUCUGGAAAGUUGUUGAGUCAGAAAGAAAAGGGGAACUCUUGUCCAUUGAUAAACAAGAAGAUGGGAGCAUAAAUUUGUUUCUUUUAGCAAAUGGGUCACCAGAACCAAUUUCAAUGUCUCCAAAGAGAAGAGGGAGAACAUCAUUUAGCCGAAAAUCAGUGAGCUUGGACAAUGUUCUUGUUCCAGAGGCAGUCUUUGGUCUUUCAGAGAAACCCGUUUGUUCAUUUGUUGGUCAUUUGGAUGACGUACUUGACCUUUCAUGGUCUAAAUCUCAGCACCUGCUUUCCUCUUCUAUGGACAAGACUGUUCGUUUAUGGGACUUAUCCACCAAGACAUGUUUGAAAGUCUUCUCGCACAGUGACUACGUGACUUGCAUCCAGUUUAAUCCUGUGGAUGACAAUUACUUCAUCAGCGGAUCGCUGGAUGCGAAAGUUCGAAUAUGGAGCAUUCCUGAUCAUCAGGUUGUUGAUUGGAAUGAUCUUCAUGAGAUGGUCACAGCUGCCUGCUAUACACCGGAUGGGCAGGGUGCAUUGGUUGGUUCAUACAAAGGAACUUGUUGCUUAUACAACACACAUGAUAACAAACUGCAGCAGAGACGCGAAAUCAAUCUGAAGAACAGGAAAAAGAAAACCCAUCACAAGAAAAUCACUGGUUUUCAGUUUGUGGCGGGAAGUUCAUCAGAAGUGCUCGUCACAUCUGCAGAUUCACGUACACGGGUUGUUGAUGGUGUUGACCUUGUUCACAAAUUUAAAGGAUUUCGCAACACUAAUAGCCAAAUAUCAGCUUCGCUUACAUCAAACGGGAAAUUCUUAGUCUCAGCAAGCGAAGACUCUAAUGUGUAUGUAUGGAAUUACGACUCAGACUCUCGAGCUGGAAGAAGCAAACGUGUUACAGUCACAAACUCAUACGAACACUUUUAUUGUCGAGACGUCUCUGUGGCUGCACCUUGGCCAGGCAAAAUUAGUAACAACCAAAGCAGCAACAUCCCCGAGCAGGCACCCUUCACAGCCAAUAACCCUCCUACACCUGUUAACGAUCCAACCAACAACAAAACCGUCACAAACGGUAUCAUUUCAAGCGCCACAAACCGAUACUUCUUCGAUAGAAUCUCAGCGACAUGGCCUGAGGAGAAACUCAUGCUAGCUGCAAAGAACAGAGCCCGGACUAGCCCUCGUGUGAGCGUGGACAUGUCAAACGGACAGGUUAACACAAAACCGAGUGCCUCAGCUUGGUCUAUGGUGAUAGUGACUGGCGGUUUGCGAGGCGAAAUCAGAACAUUUCAGAAUUUUGGAUUACCGGUUCGUCUAUGAGGCUAGAGGAGAGAGAGCUUUACAAAAAUCAAAAAAAGCCCAAGGCAAAUUGAAUUUCACGUAGUAACACCAUCUCCUCCUGUCAAAUGUGUAUAGAUUGAGACAAGGUUGGUUGGUUCGUCCACGCUGACUUCUUUUUCUUUUUUUCUUACCACGCUUCCUUUAUUUAUUUUUCUUAUUUGUUAUC